CCACAGCAACAGCAGCACCAUUCACUAACACACCACUUGCUGUCACUAGCACACUAACACACACCCACACACACACACACUCACACACACACUCUCACACACACUCUCACAUGCACACACAUUGAGUGGCAUCCUCAACUCAGAGCGAGACGCCCUUGGACUGCUGCAGGCGAGGUGAGCGGGAUGAGGGUGAGGUCAUGGGAUCGAUGUGGGGAGUCGGGUGUGGUCCUGCUGGGCUUCCUGACGCUGGCAGUGUCUGUGGGGAACCUGUCCACCAGGGGGCUUCAGGAGGAGGCUGUGGCCUCUAACAGUCUGGAGGAGGAGCUGGAGGUGACCACAUACUGGUGGGGGGAGUGGGCCAAGUGGACCGCCUGCACUCGAACCUGUGGAGGCGGCGUGAUGUCACAAGAAAGACACUGCCUCAAACAGAGAAAUAAAGUUGCUGCUGGGAAAGACAACAUGACGUGCACAGGAACCGCUAAGAAGUAUCACCUCUGCAACACUAAGGAGUGUCCGGCCGCUGGGCGGAGCUUCAGAGAGGAGCAGUGCUGGUCCUUUAACUCGCAGCUUUACAGUGGGAGGAACUACCAGUGGAAACCUCUGUAUCCUGCCGACUACGUUCACAUCUCAAGUAACCCCUGUGACCUCCACUGCACCACGACCGACGGCCAGAGGCAGCUGAUGGUGACGGCUCGAGACGGAACGUCCUGCAAGUACAGCAGCUACCGCGGCGUCUGCGUGGACGGUAAGUGUGAGCCAAUCGGAUGUGACGGAGUUCUGUUUUCCUCCAACACCUUGGAUAAGUGCGGCGUCUGUCAGGGCGACGGCAGCAGCUGCAGCAGAGUCACCGGCAACUUCCGCCGCGGAGCCUCGACUCUCGGUUACUCUUUUAUUACUCAAAUCCCUGAAGGAUCAUGGGACAUCCAGAUCAUUGAGAGGAAGAAGUCAGCGGAUCUUCUGGCUGUGACCGACCAGGCGGGAAACUUCUUCUUCAACGGAGCCUACAAGGUGGACACUCCUCAGAACUUCCACGCUGCCGGCACUGUCUUCAAGUACCGUCGACCCAUGGACGUGUACGAGACCGGGAUCGAGUACAUCGUCGUCAAAGGCCCCAUCGAUCAGGCGAUCAAUAUCCUGGUUUGGAACCAGAACGGACGAAUUCCGUACAUCACCUACGAAUACACCGUCCUGCGGGACUCCCUGCCGCCCAUCCCGCCUCCUCCCGUCUACACCGGGUCCGACACCUCAGCCGGUGAGGCAUCGGUGGAGGUGGGGACGCUGCUGUCCCCGAACAGCAGUGUCUACGAGCAGGCGGGCCCUGAGGGCCAGCUGGAGCCAGGGGCCGCAGACGGCCAGAAGGGCCAAGAGACCAAUGAGGUGUACGAGGAGGCGGCGGCCAUCGACUGCGACCAGGACGGAGCAGCUGCGCCAAAAUUCACAGAAGGAAACAGCAGUCACACAGGCAGCACUGUGAACCCUGCCGCUGCCGCUGGAGUCCUGGACUCAGGACCAGAUUCACCGAACCUCAUCUGGAGGGUCCUGCUGGACGGACGAAUCAGCCCCGACGAGCUGCUCAUCAACAUCUCCACCAAUCAGCUGCUGACGGAGGGCGGCGGCUUGUUCUCGUCAGAGCUGGGACCGGGCGAGGUGGACCUGAGCAGCCUGGAGCGAGAGUUCGGUCUGAACGAGACGCUGGAAUUCACUCUGGGCCGCAGACGCAACGACAGCGGAGACACGGUGUACCAGAACAAAACGGUGCAGAGCACAGGGAGGACGUCCAGCCGCUCCAACAGAACCAGGGGGAAUCAGAGGCUCUACCAGAAGAACCUGAAGCUGAGCCCUGCCGACAUGUAUCGCUGGAAACUUUCCUCUCAGGAGCCCUGCAGCAUGACCUGCUCUAUAGGCGUGUCCAGGUCCUUCGUGUCGUGUGUUCGCUAUGACGGCGUCGAGGUGCACGACAUGUACUGUGACGCUCUGACCAGACCCGAGCCCGUCCACGACUUCUGUAUCGGCCGAGAGUGUCAGCCCAGGUGGGAGGCGAGCAGCUGGAGCGAGUGCUCCAGGACGUGUGGCGAGGGGUUCCAGUUCCGGCAGGUCCGCUGUUGGAAGAUGCUGUCGCCGGGCCUGGACAGCUCGGUGUACAGCGACCUCUGCACCAUGGCCGACCUGGAGCGACCCGUGGAGAGACGGGCCUGCAAGAGCCCGGCCUGCGGGCCACAGUGGGAGGUGGCCGAGUGGACGGAGUGUCCUGCGAAGUGCGGCCUCAGAGCCCAGGUGACCCGGGACGUCCGCUGCACCGAUGAGACCAGAUCAUGUGACCCGAUGACCAGACCACCCAACAUCAAAAACUGCACUGGUCCGCCCUGUGAACGCCACUGGACCCUGUCCGAGUGGGGACCCUGCUCGGGGUCGUGUGGCCAGGGGAAGACGACGCGUCACGUGUACUGUAAGGCCGGGGACGGUCGCGUGGUCCCGGAGAACCAGUGCGCUGCGGAGAACAAGCCGCUGGCCAUCCACCCCUGUGGAGAGAGGGACUGUUCCCCACACUGGCUGAGCCAAGACUGGGAGAGGUGCAACACCACCUGUGGGCGCGGCGUGAAGCGAAGGAUGGUCAUGUGCGUCGGCAUCAGCGGAGGAAAGUUCCAGGUCUUCGACGAGGAGGCGUGCGGAGGCAGCGAGAAGCCGGAGGAUGAAAACACCUGCUUCGAGAGGCCGUGCUUCAAAUGGUACACCACCCCCUGGUCGGAGUGCACGAAGACGUGUGGCGUGGGGGUGCGGAUGAGGGACGUGAAGUGUUACCAGGGCCGAGAGCUGGUGCGAGGCUGCGACCCCCUCACCAGACCGGUGGCCAAGCAGACGUGCACCCUGCAGGCCUGUCCCACCGAGCCGCCGGAUGAGAGCUGCCAGGACCGCCCCUCCACCAACUGCCUGCUGGCGCUGAAGGUGAACCUGUGCAGCCACUGGUACUACAGCAAGGCCUGCUGCCACUCGUGCCGCGUCCUGCGCCCUCCACCCUCCUAGUCCCGGACGCCUCCCUCCACCCGACUGUGUCUUCUCCUGCAGGAGGUUACUGUGAAUAACGAGGAGGAGGAGGAGGAGGAGGAGGAGGAGGAGCUGGAAGUGAAGCAGAACUUCCUCCGAUAACUCUGGAUUCAUGUCGCUCCAUUUGUCACUUUGAUAGUUUAAAUGAUCCAACAUGAAAUCUGCUCAUCAGACAUUUCAUGAAUCAACUGCAACUUUCACACAUUAAAACACAGUUUCUCUUUUUUCACGUCUUUUUCUAGAUUAUUUUCCAAACAGAUUUGAUUUGGACUAAAAGGAUUAAAGAGUCACGAGGAACAACAACUCUUCAUCACUCUCUUGUAAUUAUUAUGGUAAAAAAUAUAUAUUUUUCUAUUUGACUAUUUGAAAAUGAAUUGGAAACGACACCAAAUAUUAAAUCAUGAAUCAUUUAUUAUUUUAAUUCUUCUCUAUGGUUUCAUUAUGUUCUGCUGACGUGACCCCCCACUGUCACUAUCACUAAAAUACAUUCAGAUCAGAUGUGGGCAAACUGAACAUCGUCUUAGAAAUGAUUCUGAAAAUGACUUUUACUGAGAAAAUCUUCCUCCAACUGUCGAUUAAAAGAUCUAUUAAAUUAUUUCUGAAUAUACUGCAUGACUAGAAUAUUUAAUACAGAAAUCCUAUUUAAUUGUGUUUCAGUCCGGCACGGCCCAACAGGAAGUUCAAAAGAAAAAAAAAAGCGAAUGCACAUUUCCGCUCCACCGCCCGUGGUUUGGCGCCGUGCCGUCACGCCUGCAGGACGUGGACGCAGCGUAUUUAUUAGUCAUAGCACAUUUUCAUUUAUCGUGACGCUGCUGAUGCCAGCGAUGGUUAUUCAUCGGCUCAGCUGAUGCCAGUUGUGUGUUUGUGUUCUGUGUGCGUGACGGAGGAGCCGCACAGGCAGAAAGAUUCCUGACACUUGAAGUCAUGUAUUCAGACGUGUACAUGUAAGUCUCGUGUGUAACUAUUGUGUGUUUUUAUAUACCUGAUACCUCUUUGUACAAAACUCAAGUAUGCAGACUGUGUACUGUUGAUAAUGAACUGAAGUGUUCCUGGUACUGACGUGUAUUUCAAUUAAACAGUUUCAACGAG